AGAAGAACGGGAAGCUGUUUACAGGGGGGUGUUGCGUUGCUGGGGUGACGGACAAACGUCCUGCGGCAGGUAUUAAACUGAGCCCCUGCAGCCCCGCAGACCUCGAACCGACACACUCUCCCGGAGUCCCACGACCGGAGGCUGCUACGCCUUCAUCCGACGCAGUCCGUGCUGCUCCGCUCUCACAACUGCUCUUGUGUCAUCUGCCAUUCAAGCCUCAUCAGUAAACACAGGAUCUGGCUGGCACGGGACCAUGCUCUCCAUGAGUUACUCGGACCCCUGGCCGGAGGGCUCGGUGGGGCUGGAGGAGGAGGUGGUCACGGCCGCCGCUCAGGCCGAGCAGCUGGACCGGAGCUCAGUCGACUGCAACAGCAGCAGCUGCAGCUCCGACAAUUUAGACGACAGCCUCACCAGCCUCCAGUGGCUGCAGGAGUUCUCCAUUCUCAACGCCAGCGCCUCCCAAUCCAGCCAUCACCACAGCCACUUCUUUAGGAGCCAAGCAGGCUCGGAUGCUCCCUCGUCUCCUUUAGCAGGAGAUCCGGCAUCCAUGGGUAUGCCGCUGACCCCAGGCAAACCCACAGCGGCAUCUUUCUUCAGGACGCCUUGCUUGUCGGCUCUUCCCAGCCUGGUUGCUCACGGACACUGUCCAGAUGAAGUCGAUUAUAAGACCAAUCCUCAUAUCAAGCCACCAUACUCAUAUGCAACUCUCAUAUGCAUGGCCAUGCAGGCCAGUAAGAAAACCAAAAUCACUCUCUCAUGCAUCUAUAAUUGGAUCACAGACAACUUCUGCUACUUCCGCCAUGCAGACCCCACUUGGCAGAACUCCAUCCGCCACAAUCUGUCACUGAACAAAUGCUUUAUAAAAGUCCCGAGGCAAAAGGAUGAGCCAGGCAAAGGUGGGUUCUGGAAGAUCGACCCCCAGUAUGCAGAACGUCUCCUCAAUGGUGCCUACAAGAAGCGCAGGAUGCCCCCUGUGCAAAUCAACCCAGCUCUUCAGAACCGCCUCAGGAUGAACUCUCACGCUGGACAAGCUGCAGCCACCGCAGGGAUGGCCAGAAACCUUUCCGUGAGUCCUGAGUCUCAGCAGCUCCUGAAGGAGUUCGAGGAAGCCACGGGUGCCGAUCAGAACUGGGACCCUCGUUUGACUGAAGCCACCAUGUUGAAUUGUUGGGUCUCAGGAAAGGGCAGCAAGAGGAAACAGCCGUACAGGACUGGUGGGAGCAAAGCUCCACGACACGCAAGCUCCCCACUGUUGUGCAUGGACGAGCAGGAGGACUUAAGCUCCCUGAAGGGCAACUUUGACUGGGACGCCCUGCUAGACUCGGCCCUGAAUGGAGAGUUAAGCUUGAACGAAGGGUGUCCAUUGAGCCCUAUACCUCAAGACGAGGACUUGAUGGUUAGAGGCACCCAUAUCAGUCCCCUCGAACUUCCCGGAGGCGUCGCUGAGAACCAUGUGUUGAUGGAAACUCAGAGGAGCAGCGAAGCAGACUUUGACGAGGAAACCUUCCUGGCCACUGCAUUUCUCCAGAGUCCCUGGUCGGAGGUGGAAGAGGGCAACCGUCCCGACUUCCUCUGUAGCUCAGCGGUCAGCAUCGAUCAACUCUUUGACCUGGGAGACUCUCUCGGGGGAGACUUAAGCAGUAAGAUCGAGUCUCUCCUUUGAAGAGGUCAUCAGCGAAACUUGAGAUUCAGGCCUUUGGGCACAAACAAUUCAACGAACAAAGAGGGUUUGGACUGUUUACCCCCAAAGAUUUCAUGCUGGAUUCCAUGAAGCCCACGUGAAGAUGUAUUUUUAAAAGCGUAUCAAUUUCGACUACUGAUUUUUAUGAUUAUGUUUUUGUAUUUGACAUGUUAUCUACCUGCAUUACAGCUAAUAUAAUCAUCCCUAAAAUCAUCAUCUAUCAAAUACUUGGAACAUGGGAUUCAGUGACUCGUAUGUAUGGAGGUAGAAAAAAGAAUAAAAAUGUGUUGUUUACAAUUCAACUUUACAUAGCAGAACUGAAUAGUUGAAACAACUUAUGGAUAAAGAAAAAUAUUUUAGACAUAUUAUAUCAUACUCACACAAACUCAACUUUAAAUCAACUGUGCAAAUGAAAUUGUGCAUUAUGCAGCCUUCCUUGCGACUGACUAAAAAUAAAGGUUCUUAAUUGGCAUUCAUGCUUCCAUAAAGAACAUUUAACAUCCAUGGAAUCUUUCCAUUGUUCAAAAUGUUCUUAAGAACUGUUCUCUCAAAGGAUCUUUUGGGGAAUCCAAAAGUGGUUCUUCUGUAUUGCGAUGGGUCUCAUAUGGAACCUUUAUUUUCAAGAGUGAAUUUAAGUCGUUGAUCUCAGAAACGCCCCAGGGCUACACAUUUUGGAUGUUCCACCUGAUUUAUAUCAUCAGCUCAUUGGUGGAGGCUCUGAGGCCACAUCCAUAAUGUGCAGUGCUGAGGUCCUCCACACCAGGACUGAAGGCCACUGGUGUAGAAUAUUGAAACAGAAUUGUUUAGGUUUCUAGAAAACAAAUGAGCUGUUUUAGCACCGAAUGGCUGAUAGGAUGAAAUUUUGUGUAUUUUGGGGAUUCCUACCCAUGUUGGAUUAUUUGGUAGGCAGAAGUAUAUGUGCCAAACUUUCUCUCUUGCAGCUGAAUAGAAUUCGACAUGCACAUCUAACCACUUUCACGCACAUAUUGUGUUAUGAGUGUUACGCUGACUUCAUAUAAAUGAUAUUUUACUUCAAGACAACUUUUAUCUUCUUGUUUAGAUUGUUAGUACUAAAUACAGUUUAAUGGGAUGAGUUAAUCUCUUGGGAAGAUAUGUCAUUAAAGUAAACAAUAAAAAAGGCACUAAUAUACCAAA